AUGUCUAGCGUUACCAGUUGGGCGAAGCGGGCACGCACCGCUCAGGAGAAGUCCAAAGCGACUGCUUCUGGGGAGGAAGCUAAGAAGGAGGCUCAGAAGGAGAAGGUCCUCGGUCGAAUGAGACGUUCCCAUCCACUUGGCCGAGUCGUUAACAGGAAAUGCAGUGUCCCCCUCCUCGGUAUGAGCGCCAGGGGCAUCAAUUAUCGUGGUAUCGUCAACCUCAUGUGUUUGCUGUAA